AAUUCGUUGAAAAGCUCAUGGUGGGCGGGAAGUGAAUAGACUGCCAAUAGGAAGACGCUCGAGAGGCGGCAGCGAAACUUCACCAAGGCGCGCGCUUUAAAACUCGCCGAUAGCGCUGGAGGGAAUUCAGUGUAACGCACAAGUGUUUGUAUGUAGAGAAGAUGGUGCGGACUAAGGCAGACUGCGCGGGCUCUUCAUCGGGGAGCUACAGGAAGGCUGUUGCUGCCAGAGCACCAAGGAAAACAUUUGGGAGUAGUUCCAGUGGUUCCAAUCAUGAUACUUCGCCAACUGGUAAAAAAUCUGAAUGUAAAUAUGCAGGUGGAAAUCCUGUAUGUGUCAGACCAAUUCCUACCUGGCAGAAAGGUAUAGGAGACUUCUUUGGAUCACCAUCCACAAGUCAGCCUGAGAAGGAAAAUAGAAUUCCAUCUGAUGAUGAGGAAGCUGGUGGCAGUGGUGCAGGAAAAAAACCCAGAAAGUCCCGUCCUUUGCCACCAGAUCCGUCUGAAGAAGCGGCCGAUUCGGGUGAUGAGUGAGACUAUAAUCUGGACUUUGCUUUGUAUAUUUGUAAAUAAAACAUAUAGUCUAGGUUUUGUAAAUAAUUUGAGCUGUAUCCAGACUAACCUUGAGGGUUUUUUUUUUUAAUAAAAAAUAAAGCCUGGACUAGAGCAUUCAUGCUGCUUUUUUUUUUUUCUUUUUUUUUUAAAUUUUCUUUGCUCAUGUCUCUUCACUAUUUCUCAACAUUCAGAUGGGUUGACUAUAAUUUGACUGAGAGAGUAAAGAUGUUGGGCUUUUUUUAUUUAUUUUUUAAAUAUCUGGAAGAAUCCGGUAUAAAGUUGAAACAAUUUUCUGUACUACUCCUCUCCAUCAGUCUCUUUCUUCGUUCUAACUUCAUGCAAGGAUUCUUGCUGACAGGUCUAAAGGGGCUCCCUUUCCUAGCUGACUUAAUAGAGCUCAUUCAAAUAACUGAAAACAAAAUAAAAGACUUUAAACAUCUUGCAUUUAGACAAGUUUUGUGUUAAAGAAUGAGCGCUAAUAAUUUUAUUUUUGGAAAGAAGAGCCCAUAGUGGCUAGAAAGUCCGAACCAGCUAGUGCUUUAAAAAAAAAAAAUUGAACAAGGUUUGUAGACCAUACUCCAGAUGAAACCUACAAAAGAUUUCAAGUAACGUUUAUAGAGUGUAAGGCAAAAGCGAAAAGUGAAUAAUCAUACUGUGCUAUGAGAUGCAGGAUGUGGGCAUGGCAAAUCACAAACUUUUGCAUAGUGAAACUGCAAUGUGAUUAAUGUAAAAUGCAUUUGACGCCUACAAUGUAAGUUGUGUGAGGCCGUAAUAUUUGUUGUGACUUUAAGCCACAUUCAACUACUUUCAAUACUUAUGCAGCGAAGCUUGUAGACCACUUAUCUAAAAAAAAAAAA